CGCCUAGCCAGCGGUGCCCACCUCUCCUGCGGCCUAGGUGGUUCAGUGCUGGGCCCGGCCGCGGCCAGGCAGUGUCCUCCUUCCUCCUGGCCGGCCCAGCUUGGAGCCACAAGAGCAGGCGCAGCGCCCCUACCGCCCGCUUUUCUCCCUCCUUCUCCUCCUCCUCCUUCCCCCAGCCACCAGCGCAGUCACAACCGGUUCAGACUGGCCAGGGUGCCCGGCAAAGAAGAGAAACAAGGGGAAAAAACUGGGGGGAAAACUUCGCAGGGAGGAGGAAGAGAAGAAAAAAGGUGGAGCCCAAAGGAGAGGGCAGGCUCCCCAGCUCCAUGUGGCCGCCGCCGCCGCAGGUUUCAGCGGGGGCAGAGGGCGGCGGCCCCCGGGACAAGGCGUAGCGGGACGGAUUGCCCAAUACAGCUGCAGGGGCCGGGUCUCGGGAUAAAUAGCCGCCCGGCCAGGAGCUGCAGGGGAGAGUGGCAGCCGCGGUCCCUACCCUACCGCACCAUCUGCCCGGCCUGCGCCGGGUGCUGCGCCCCGGAGCCCCCUCCGAGGCCGGUACUCAGGACCUACAGAAAGCACCAACUUCACCUUACAAUGGAAUUUAAAAAAUCACCUGAUGGUGGAUGGGGCUGGGUAAUUGUGCUGGUCUCCUUCUUCACUCAGUUUUUGUGUUACGGAUCCCCGUUAGCUGUUGGAGUCUUAUAUAUAGAAUGGUUGGAUGUCUUUGGUGAAGGAAAAGGAAAAACAGCCUGGGUGGGAUCCCUGGCCAGUGGAGUUGGCUUGCUUGCAAGUAAGUGGAGAAAUGUAGGCUAUGCAAUCUCUGAGACACAUUGUAUUUCAAUCUGUCUUAAUAUGUGUAAUAUAUUCUUAUGCUUAGGUCUCGGAUGUGGCUUAUUAUACACUGCAACAGUGACCAUUACGUGCCAGUAUUUUGACAGCCGACGAGGCCUUGCACUUGGCUUGAUUUCAACAGGUUCAAGUGUUGGCCUUUUUAUUUAUGCCGCCCUGCAGAGGAUGUUGAUUGAGUUCUAUGGACUAGAUGGGUGCUUGCUGAUUGUGGGUGCUUUAGCUUUAAAUAUAUUAGCCUGUGGCAGUCUGAUGAGACCCCUCCAGGCUUCUGAUUGCCCUUUACCUGAAAAAACAGCUCUGGAAAAUGUGGCAGAGACAUACUCCAUUUACAGUGAAAAAGAAAAGAACCUGGAAGAAAACAUUCACAUUCUUGAAAAGAGCUAUAGUAGCGAGGAAAAGUGCAAGGGCACAUUGGCCAAUGGUGACUGGAAACAGGACAAUCUACUUCAUAAAAACUCCACAUCAAUGACUCACACAAAAGAGCCUGAAACGUACAAAAAGAAAGUUGCUGAACAGACAUAUUUUUGCAAACAGCUUGCCAAGAGGAAGUGGCAAUUAUAUAAAAACUACUGUGGCGAGACGGUGUCUCUCUUUAAAAAUAAAGUAUUUUCAGCUCUUUUCAUCGCCAUCUUCCUUUUUGACAUUGGAGGGUUUCCCCCUUCAUUACUUAUGGAAGAUGUAGCAAGAAGUUCGAAUGUGAAAGAAGAGGAGUUUUUUAUGCCUCUCAUUUCCAUUAUAGGCAUUAUGACGGCAGUUGGCAAGCUCCUUUUAGGAAUACUGGCUGACUUCAAGUGGAUUAACACCUUAUAUCUUUAUGUAGCUACCUUAAUAAUCAUGGGCCUGGCCUUGUGUGCAAUUCCAUUUGCCAAAAGUUAUGUCACAUUAGCAUUACUUUCUGCGAUCCUGGGGUUCCUCACUGGGAACUGGUCCAUCUUUCCCUAUGUGACCACGAAUACUGUGGGAAUUGAAAAACUAGCUCAUGCUUAUGGAAUACUGAUGUUUUUUGCUGGACUUGGAAAUAGCCUUGGACCACCAAUUGUUGGUUGGUUUUAUGACUGGACCCAAACCUAUGACAUUGCAUUUUAUUUUAGUGGCUUCUGUGUUCUGCUGGGAGGUUUUAUUCUGCUGCUGGCAGCCUUGCCGUCCUGGGAUACCUGCAACAACAAACUCCCUAAACCAACUCCAACAACGUUUUUGUACAAAGUUGCUUCUAAUGUCUAGAGGAAUAUUGGAAGCCAUUCUUUUGCCAUUUUAUACCAUAGAGCAAAACAUAUUUUUUAAAAAUUCUCAAGCAAAUUCUCUAACAGUUAAAGACUGUUUUCUCACAACAAAAUUUCACUGUGGCUGACUCUGAAUGUGGAUUUUUUAAAAAACAGAUUUCAUUCUUUAUGUACUGUAUGUGUAGCCUCUGUCUCCUGUAUGUUUCCCCUCCCUCCCUCCCUCCCUCCCCCAAAGUAGACUAUUCUGUUCUACUAUUAUUCAUUAGUUAUGUUUCAUAUUGUAAAACAUUUGACCAGCCUCUAAAGAUUUUCUCUGUAGAAGUAUAAAUUCUUUGCCAACCCCCCUUAGUUCCACUACAAAACACCCAGAGGGCUCUCUUCAGUUUUAAAAUUGACGCCUGCUGGGUGUGGUGGCACACACCAGUUAUACUUUCUGGAACCCAGGAGGCUGAGGCAGGAGCAUCUUGUGUUCCAGGCCAACCUGGACAACUUAGUGAGACCUCGUCUUAGAAUAAAAGAUAAAAAGGCCUGGGAUAUAGCCCAUUGUUAAAAGUAUCCCUAGGUUCAAUCUUUAGUAUCCCCCAAAAUUAAAAAUAAAAAUAAAUGAAACUGAUGCAAGCCUCAUGAUGAGAUAUGUGUAAAGGUCACUAGGGAGUAAAUGACUUCCUUCUCUGUUACACCUGCUGCUAGUCAGUAGAAGGCAUCAAAGCCAUUUCAUUUCCGGAAAUAAAAGUGGCUAUAAAAACAACAUUAGACCAGGCAUGGUGGCGCAUGCAUGUGAUCCUCGUGACUCAAGAAGCUGAGGCAGAAGAAUUGCAAAUUCUAGGCCAGCCACAGCAAUUUAGUGAAAGCCAGUCUCAAAGUAAAAUAUAAAAGUCUGAGGAUAUAGCUAAGGGUUUGAACACCCCUGGGUUCAAUCUCCAGUACUACCAAACAAACAAACGGGCAGAAAAUAGCAUUAAAACUUACAGUGGAAUGAACUGAUCACUUAAAAAAAAAAAAGAUAUUUUAAAUGAUAGUCAUCAGUUUCCAUUAUUCUAUUUUAUUUACCUUGAAGUACUCACAUGGUGUUUGGGGCCCAUGGUGCAUCAACUGUUUUGAUUCCUAAGGUAUUUGCUGAGAUGCAGGCAAACUCCAGCAGCACCCACCAGAGCCCUUCUUCAUGGCUGUCCACUAGAACCUCACUCACUUGUGUUUGUCAUCACCCAUUCAGCUGACAUUUCACAAGAAGUGCUGAUUUUACCCAUUUCCAAAUUGGAAAUGUAUUUUUUUAACCAUUCCUCCUAGCAAGUAGCAAAUAUCCAUUUGCUUUGGGCACAGUGGUGAUGGGUUGCAAACCUUUGUAUAACUUCCUGUGAAAGCAUUUAUUUGCUACUAUCAGAUCUUACCACUAUCAUUUUUUAAUUCAAGGGCAGAACUAAAAAGUGUGUGGUGUGUGUAUGUGCAUGUGUGCAUGUGUGUGUGCCUGUGUGUGUGUGUGUGUGUGUGUGUGUGUGUGUGUGCUCUGAGUCUGUGUGGAACAUGGGAAGGUAAAAAAAAAUCCUGAUAAGUUGAUACCCUUUCCAAUCUCACUUAAUCUUAAGAACAAUGUUCUAGAAAGAAAAUAAUGUUUAAUAAAUUGAUAGUUUUCCCCUCUAAAGAAAUGGGGUUUUAAACUUUGGUAUGUAUCUGAAUCUCCUAUAGAUCCUUCAAAAAUUAUGCGGACAUGGAUAUGCUUAGAAAUUUUAAUUCUGAAUGUUUUAAUUCUGUAAGUCUAUUUGGCUGUGGCCAAGCAUCUCUAUUUCUAACAAACUCUACAAAUGAUUCUAAUAAUAAGGCCUGGGUUGCAAAUGACUGUUAAAAAGAUAGACAAUAAGUAGACAUUUAUUCUCUUAAAAAAAAAAAACAAACCCACAAGGUCUGAGGUUUUUAUAAAUAGCCAAGUAUUCUUUAAACAGAAUCCUUCCCAUUGUGCCAAAAUUAUCUUUUCUUUUCUUUUGAAAUACAUGAUUAUUUUUGUACUUCUGUUUUGCCUUUCUUCAAAGGUAUAUGAGGCACUUUAUUAAUCUGAGCCCUCGAAACACCUCUGUGAGGUAGGUAAAUAGUACUUUCCUGUGUAGUAAACCUGGAGUAUGGAGAAUUCAUAAUUGAGUUAAUCCUACUCAGUAUGCAAUAAAGGGGCUCCAAGUCCUCUUGGACUUCUGCUCCAUACUCAGACUUCUGGAAAGUUUUCUGUACCUCAUUCUUUAGUCAGUUUCAAGGUUAGCAAAAUAAAUGAACAAGUGACAUUUAAAAGAAAAAAAAAACAGCUACAUGUUUUUGUAUUGAAAGUUCCUUUUUUUGCCAAUGUUAUGUUCUAGAAAGUAAUCUGAAAAAGUUUGACUUUUGUGAUGUCUCUACAUUCAUCAAUGUUGAUAAUUACCCAAAUGUAUCCACCGUGUCUACUAAUACCGUUCAACGUGGGCAUUAUCCAUUGUCUAGGGAAUGAAUUUUAAGUCACAAUAAAUAUUUUUACAUCA